GGGUUUAACACUUUGGCGCCUGGGAAGAAGAAGAACAAGGGGCGGCCUCUGCUGUGAGGCCAGACCGAGGAAGAUGCCCAGGGAGCGGCGCCUGCCGCCUCAAGGCCCCUCCGAGGCCGGGGAGGAAGGCGGCCAGUGGGUGAUGGUGGUCCCUGCAUCAGUGACUGAUCUCCCAAAGAAGCCAAGCUCUGGGCCUCUGUUUACAAGACUGCGUAAUCCAAACACAGGGCAGGGAGCUCUGUACUUGUUCGGUGGUGAUGCUCGACAGCUAUUUGAAUUGAAAGCCUUUCAUGAAGAGUACCGGUCGUGGUUUAUAGGUCAGGCUGUUCAGCAUGAUGGACGUCUGUUCUUUGCUACACCGAUGGAUCCAUUAUUUCUUGUGUUACUGUACCUUAUCAAGGCAGAGAAAGAGCAUGGGAAGUUUCAGCCACUGGAUCAGAUUUUGGUAGAUGAAGAAUUUCCUUCCUGUGCAAUGUUGCUACAGUGCACAAGUGUCUUACAGUCCCUUCACCAUAUAGUAGAAGAAAAAGGAAUCAGUGGCGAGAAAUUUUACAAAUUUAGUGAGGAGAAAACACUGAAGUGGCUAGAGAAGAAGGUUGACCAGACUGUGAAAGUAUUAAAAGAACAUGAUGUUCACGUAGGUGCAAGAGUGCAGUCUGCUACAUUUAUCACUGGUAAACAGCUGACUGAUGCCACAGAAGAGGACUAUAUUCGCUAUGCCCAUGGCUUAAUAUCAGAAUAUAUCACUGAAGACCUGAGUGCUGCAUUAGCUAAAUACUUACGACUUCCACAAAUUUCAUCUCCUCCAGCAGAACCAGCCUCAAAGAUGUCAGUACGUCACCAAAGGAAGAGAUGAAGGGGAUAAAAUGAAAUUUGGAUUCCUUAGUUUAACAUGGAAUAUCAGCACUGUUUUAAAGAAGUGUGACUUAUCCUGUAAGAAUCUAUUAUCCAGGUGAGAGUAGGUGAGGAAUAAGGUCAUCUUUUUGACACUUUGCAGAAUUGUGGCAGCUUGAAGUGCUAGUCUUUUCAGUUACUUAAUCUUUUUAUUAUUCUUACUCUUUGUUCUGCAGGCAGUUUUGACUUGAUUUAGCUUGCCACCUGUCAUACGUAUCUAAGUGGUGUUGUAUAAUCUGAAAUUGUGUGUGUGUGUGUGUGUGUGUUUAAAGCUAGCAUUUGUGGAUGUGGGAGGAAAAAGAAUGGCAGAAAUUAUAUAGGAAUUUUCCUCAGUAAACUUAGCUCUGUGGCUGCCAUCCGCAUGGGACAGAAGAUGAUCAAAGAAAGGACCUUUUCACUGAUGACUCCCUGGUUGGAGAAUGCCCAGCUUUUUUAGCACUAAGUAAAUAUGCUUUUAAUAAUUGGGGCAUUUGAUUGAUGACGGGUUUUAUUCUGGUGUUUCUUGCUGUUCCAUUACACUUGUAUCAUCUGUGUCUUUCAGACUUUUUAAAAAUAUUAAAUAUUUACACUUGAUUGAAAGAUGGGGGUGACAUUUUUAAAAAUAAAUUACAGUAUCCAGUGACUAUCAAAGGUUCCUGUCCACAUGUGUGCUUGUCUGUCAUAGAUUGCACAAAAUCCCUGUCUUCUUUCAAAAGAUGUGUUUUAUUGUGAGGGACAUACUGCACUUUCCCGCAGCAUUUGAUUUACAACAUUAUCUGUGGAAAAUGGGUUUCUCUCCUGGCUGUAUAUUUUCCCUCUGUGUCCAGCAGAGUCCAAUACUGAGCCAUAUUUCUGUCAAAAUAUGCAUUAACAGCCUUUACAGCUUUGGAAUUUGUUGAUGUCAAUUCAGAAAUUUAUUAGUUAACAUUGAUUAUAUUUGUGAACAUCAUGCGAUUUUAUAUUGAUUGUUAAUGAUGUGUUGUUGACAUGAUAGUUUUAAACUUUAAAAAAUAAAUAAAUUCUAUUUUAAAUAAAAUAUAGAGUAGAAUUAUAUUCAGUUAGGUUUGCUGUUUGAGUUUUUUUUUAAAAGUAAGUAAUAUGUAUUUUAAGUGUUUCAAUGUUAAUAUUUGAAAAGUCGUGUCUUAACUGGAUGUAUGAUAUAAUACUUUUUAAACUUUUAUAUUCUAUAUUGUUCUGUUUUAAUUAGAUUGU